AAAAAAAAAACCUCUUUCCUACAUCCUUUGUGAACUUUUUUUUUUUUUAAUUUGUAAUUUUUUAAAGAAACAGAUGAAUCAAAUUGUUGUAGAAGAUCAAGUCUCGGUGACUAUUGGUGAUGACCAAAUACCAUGUGCUACGUCCGGAAGCAACGAGAUUGAUUCAGAUGGUUUAGAGUUUUUUGUCAAAAGCGGUUUGGCUAAGAUACAAGAAUCAAGCUUGGAAGAUUUCAUCAUCAGAACAAGCUUUUUUUCAGGCAUGGGACAAAACUCGGAUUUGGCUAAGAAAACAAAAAUCGUGGCAAUUCAUAAGAAUUUAAACUCUAGUUGGUCAGGGAAAGCUCGGGCACAAAGCUUUCGGGUUUUCUCGAAGGCGGUGGCUGACAAGUGUGGUGGUGAUGCCAAUGUCAAGUAUGCUUGGUAUGGUGCUUCCAGGGAUGAGAUUUCCGACAUUGUGAUGCAUGGAUUUAGUUGGUGUCUUAGGGCUGAUGGCAAUCGAGAUUGUUGUAGACAUAGUAUAUCUUUGUCUCCUGCAAAAUUUUCCUUUGACAGUGUGUUGUCUUCAGAGGUUGAUGAAAAUGGAUUGGGGCAUUUGUUGUUAUGCCGCGUUAUAUUGGGAAAGCAGGAAGUGGUAACCGCCGAUUCUAACCAGUUUCAUCCAAGUUCCCCAGAGUUUGAUUCCAGUGUAGACGAUCUUUCAGUGCCCAGAAAAUAUAUCGUUUGGAGUCCUUAUAUGAAUUCUCACAUCCUCCCUUGUUACAUCAUCAGUUUUGAGGCCCCUUACAAUAAAUGCUCCAAUGGAUUAGUGGAGGCAAAUACCAUCAAGCCUAGAUCGCCAUGGAUGAGGUUUCCCACAUUGAUUUCCAUGCUCUCAAGGUUUUUAGGUCCAUCAGAAAUGGCUUCCCUUAACAAACAGUACAGAGAUUUUCGAGAAAAAAGAAUUUCCAGGCCGCAACUGAUACAAAGAGUGAAAGAAAUAGCUGGAAACCAGUUGUUAGCUGCUGUAGUCAGCUUGUACACAAACAAGAUCAUGUAUAUUCCUUUGGGCUUCAACAACUUGCUCUGCAAGAUUGAAUUAUUGCAAAUACAUGGAGUUCUAGCGAGUGGGCGUCCAGAACCUACUGUGCAGGAGUUAGCAGCAGCAAAAGGCGGUUGAUGCAGUUAGUUCGAUGAUGGAUAGAAUUUGGAGGCUUUAGUGACUUCUUGUCAAUGGAGGCUUCAGUCUUACAAUUUAAACAACAGAAUCAAAUAGGUUAUUUAUUGUCAAUCUAUCGUUUUAAUAUAAGGUUACACUUGUAAUCUUCUUCAAUUCUAUUAAAAAAAAGAUGUAGAAAGUUUGGAAAUUCGACUGUCUUAUGAUAUCAGCUCUUACUGGGGUCAUUGACUUUUGAACAACUUCUAAAUGGCUUGGAGGAGGAUACCAAAUCAGA